AUGACGCAGGAGGCCUUAGGCACAGAAACCGUCCUUCCAGGCUCCCGCUCGGGGCCGACCCAGUGGGUGCACGAGACCAGUUCCACGCUAUCCCUUACCACCACCCCGCAGGACCUGAGACGGGACAGCUCCGUAUUCUUGACUCCAGUCUCACUAUGCACUGGGAGCUCGAGCCAGGGCCUCGCGGGGCGUUUCCUCAUGCGGACAUCGGUACCGCUUGCCCUCCGGCGCGUAGCAACGACGGAGAACGCAGAAGUGGCCAAGGCCUCUGAGGCUGACCUCUCCCGGGAGAAAAGCCGCAAGGCCGUCGAAGAUCAGAAGAAGCUCUGUGGUCACAGGAGGGAUAUUGAUGUCUUGGAGCUGUUCCUUUCCCGAAAGGGACUAGUAGAUGUCAUUGACCUGGCAAAAUUCCGCAAGUUAAAGUACUUAUGGCUUUCCUUCAACAAGCUCCAAGACAUCAGAUUUCUGCUAAGAAAUCCUUGUCUGGUAGAACUUUACCUGGACAACAACAGCCUCUAUGCAGUAGAAGGACUUCGACACUUGGUCUCCCUGAAUGUCCUCAUGCUUCACAACAACCAGCUGAAGAAUCUUGAUGCCAUUGUGGAUGAAUUGAAGCUGAUGAACAACCUGAAGACCCUAAAUCUGUACCGGAACCCUUUGUCCCAGGAUGCAAAGCAGUAUCGCAUGUACACAGUCUAUCAUCUUCCGUCCCUGUGGCUACUUGAUAGGAAAGAAAUUACAUUAACAGAAAGAAAAAUGGCCACACAUAUGUUUAACCAUGAAAGGUCUCAGAUUCUUCAGUCGAUAGCAUUUGGAAGGAAAGUGGACAAGGCACCAUAUGUGGUGCCCUACAAACCCCAAUCAACAGUGGCGUCAGAAGCAGUACCGCCUACAUACCUCUGCAGGAACUUGUUUCACAAUAAAGAAGAUGCUGUUUUUGUGAGGUCAAUGAAGAGAUCUGUGACCCAGUUUAACUUUGUGGAUUGGGAUACUGUCCCCACCAGAGCUGAGCGGCAUUGCGAGAGCAAAGCAGAGAGACCCACUGAGUGGACAACAGUCACGAUCAGAUAACGGCAGGGCACUUUCCCC